AUGCGCGCCCUCGCCCUAGCCACCUGCGCCGCCGGCCUCGCCCACGCCGCCCGCCCCACCCCCAAGCGCCAAGACGCCGCCUGCACGCGCGAAUUCCUCACCGACGCCACGACCACCUACCUCGCCGCCCAAGCCGCCGGCGACGCCGCGGGCGUGCUCGCCCUCGCCUCCGACGCCCUCGUGUACACGGAAAACUUCAAGCCCGCCGACGCCGCCGCCGGCAUCCUCGCCACCGCCCUCGUGGUCGACCACGACUUCAGCCUCCUCGACACCACGCAGUGCGCCACGUUUACCGAGCUCGACGGCGUCGUCGCCAAGAUGGAGAGCAUCAUCACCACCACGGGCGACUGGCUCUUCAACGCCGCCGACACCCUCAAGUACGCCUCGGCCGAGGACUGGUCCGAGAUCCCCGAGGCCGAGCGCGCCGAGCGCGACGUUAUUCAGGCCGCCGGCGACGCCUACUGCGACAUCUUCAUGGACAAGACUACCGAGGUCCCCUGGGGCCAGCCCUGCGCCAGGCUCGAGGGCGGCGCGUACACGGGCCGCGGCCAGCCUACCGACUCGUGCUCCGUCGGUAUUCCCGACAACGUGCCUCUCGUGAACCGGCGCUACGUGAUUGACGAGGUGUUUGGCUCCGUCGAUAUCUUUAUGGACUUUAACGGCGAGAACGGUAUUCCGGAUAGCCACAUGUUCCGCGUCGAGAGCGGCAAGCUCCGGUUUGUUCACACCAUCACCAACAUGAGUAGGCUGUAG